GUUCCAGGCGCUGACCUCGCCGUUACCGCUGCUCAGAAGCUGGCCGCUGGCCGACGCCAGGCAGAAGACCGGACCUUCGUGAGCUGCGGGACGAGAGGUGGCAUGAGAGGAGCGAGAGUUCCGCUAUGAUGACGUCACGGGUGGCAGGGCGUUGACGUCACAGCGUUGGAGGAGAAGCAGGAGGAAAAGUGGGCAUUGGGAGAUAAAGGGCAGCGUGUUUAAAUGCUCUUAAGGAAAGUUGCCAUCGAAGGAGCUCCGCUGGGUGUUAAACGGCAACGGCCACACCACCAGCCAGGGGCGGGCCCCACUCGGCCGUCGUCGGGGAGAAGAUGGGCGGCGCCCUUGACCAAUGAGAUCCUCGGGAUCACCGUGGGUUGCAGCGUGGUGACUCCUCUCCUACGACCCGGCGGGGGCCUACUAUGGCAAUGCAUGAUAUGAGCGGUGCCAAGGGUUUCCCCUGUAAACAAUGUGAUAUGGUCUGCCCGAGCACUCCCAGUCUUCUAGAGCACAUGAAAGCACAUUACCAGGAAGCAGAAAGUGCACGUUUCGAGUGUGAACAGUGUGGCCGACUUUACAAGCACGCAGCGAGCUUAGCCAACCACAAAAAGUCUCACGAAGUGGGCUCCUUCCAGUGUCCCGUCUGCACCCGGACCCUACCCAACGCCGUGGCCCUCAAAAACCACCUUCGCAUACACACGUUGUCCCCGAGCAGCGUGCACGCCGAGGAAGAGAGCGAGGAGGCGCCCGAGGAGGGAGGUCAUCACGAGAGGGACUACGCCCUUGCUCAGGACCUCCCGGACAGCUUUGGUCGCCCUCAUCUGAACAACAGCACCUUGCACGGGCACGAAGCGGACGAGCACGACAAGAAAAGUUCCCCCGGGUCGGACGACGCCUGGGACCGACCGUUCAAGUGCGACCAGUGUGAUCGAACCUACCGGCACCACGGCAGCCUGGUGAACCACAAGAAGUGUCACCAGCAAGGAAGCUUUAAGUGCUCUGUGUGCUUCAAACAAUUCAGCAACCUGGCCGCCCUCAACAGCCACGAGAGAACCCACACCAAGUUCAAGAACCCGGCUGCGUCCAUGGUGAGCAGCGGCGGCAGCCUCCUGGAGUCGGAGCGCCGCACCGGCAGCUCUCAGGCCGCCCAGAGCGACGCCGCCAACUCCUGCUUCUGCCACCUGUGUCAGAUCGCGCUGCCCAACAAGGCCGACUUCCAGGAGCACGUUCUCCUGCACAACACCUCGUCACCUUCUCUCGGACUGUCCCGCAGCUUCCCUGGCAUCAUGCCCCACAAUCUGAGUGCGGUUCGAUCUCCGGCCUACACCCCGACCCUCGGGGACCCUUUACCCCUGCCGCCCUUGCCCAGUGACAAAAGGGGACCCUAUGACCCCAUAAUGGGCCCUCCUGUCAACAAUCCCAUCUACACGUGUGCGUACUGUGGUGCCGGACAUCCCGACCUGGAGACCCUGAAAGUACACUACCUGACGCAUGACCCCCACUCGGCCUCCCACGGCCAGGAUGGCGCCAUCCUCAACUCGGACACGCUAAGUUCUGCUUCGCAGGGAUCGGUGUCGUCUCCUUCCGGAGGCCGUGCGGCCCAGCCCAGUUCUCCUGGAGAUGUGGAGCGUCGCUUCAAGUGUGGCGAGUGUGGCAAGAGCUACCGGCACGCGGGCAGCCUGGUCAACCACAAGCGCUGCCAUCAGACGGGUCACUAUCAGUGCAGCGUCUGUUGUAAGCAGUACCCUCAUCUGGCGGCGCUGCACAGCCACCUGCGAAGCCACAAGGGCCGCGCCUCCAGCCAGCCUCUCAACGACGGCAGCGACUGGUUGUCUCCGGAGCCGCUCACGCUGGAAUCUCAGCAGGGCUACGUGCAGGAGGGCAGUGGCACCACCCCUCCCCUCGCGCUUCCCGGAAACCUUGCUGACCCUGCCCACUUUGUAUCGGACGGGGGGCACGGCAACGCUUUGGACUCCCUUGAAUUCCACGACCGCUUUGACGGCAGCUCCAUUUCCCAAAGUAGCUCCACUCACAGACCGGUCGACCGCCACGUGUGCGCCGACUGCGGUGAGAUGUACGCUGACGUGUCUGGUAUUAAGUCGCACAUGUGCCCGCGCCGUGGUCAGCCUCCCCCUCCCCCUGCCCCUCCCCCUGGGCAGCAGCAGAGCAACAUGUCCAACGGCUUUCUAGGCAACAUGAACUACCACGGCACCAGCGCCACCGCCAUGGCCUCUGGCAGCACCAGCGGCUUGAAGGAGGGGAGCAGCCAACGAGCGUACUCGCAGACGGGAGGCAAGAGGAUGGCCAACGCUGACAAGGAUGAUGAUGAUGAUGGAGAAGUCUACCAGUGCUCCGUGUGUGGAAACCACUAUGCCAGUCUCAGAGCCCUGCGGAGCCAUCUGCGGAGUCAUGCCAAUAAUCCCACCGUCCCUGGACCGUCCAGCCUGGAGCAGGAUUGGAGGAUGAUCUGCUCCACGUGUGGACAAAGUUUCUCCAGGAAGCAGGACCUCUUAAAUCAUCAGCUAGUCCACGGCCCACAAAGGCCAGACGGCCAGCAACAGGGCAUCGUGGGGACUUCCACCAAUGGCGGGGACAAGAUGGACGGGCGCAGCCACAUUUGCGUGGACUGCGGUAUGUUUUUUGCUGACCGUCACCACCUGAUCACCCACCUGUGUCCUGGUAAGAACCGAGCCAGCUCAUUGGCUAAGCAGGGCCUCGGUGGAGCCAAAGGGAUGUCUGGAGGUGAAGGCAUUGGUGGCGGGGCGGCGGGAGGAAGCCGUGACUUUGCCGGGAAUGGGCGUCGGCCAUUGAUGGAGCAAAGUGACAAGCCCCACAAGUGUGAGCAGUGUGGGCGGGGCUACAGACACCCGUGCUCCCUCCUCAACCACAAAAAGUCUCACAAGACGGGUGUGUUCCGCUGCUUGGUGUGUCAGAAACGUUACUACAACUUGCUGGCCCUCAAGAACCACCAGAGGACUCACUUUGAUCUCAAGAGGCACAAGUGUGAAGAAUGCGGCAAGGCCUUCAAAAUCCAAAAGCAGCUGAUCAACCACUUGCGCCUCCACGAAGAACACCGGGCCAAAGGUCUGGUUCGCACCGGGCCAAAUGUGUCGCGCUUCCAGCAGUCCGGACCGUCUCAACUGCAGAGCAUGCGAGGGGAGUCGUCAAAGGGCGCCGCCAUGAACAUCAAAUAUGGCCACCAGGGCUUCAAAAAGCCCUACUCGUCGGCCGGAACGUCCAGGCCCCAGAAGUUUGACCCAGCUGAGAGCGGGCGGCGGCCUUUCGCCUGCGAGGAAUGCGGAAAGACGUACCGGCAUGCGGGCAGCCUGGCCAACCACAAGAACCUUCACAAAAUUGGCGAGUACCACUGCAACGUGUGCAACUCCACGUACCCCAACAGGCUGGCCAUGAAGAACCACCUGCGGCUCCACUUUGCCCAGAAGAAGCACAACUGCCAGGAGUGCGGGAAGGGCUUCCGCACCCAGAGGCAGCUGGCCACGCACACCACGGCCGGCCUGUGCAAGGGCCCGCAGGGUCCCGGCGCCCAAAUGGAUUUCGAGUGCGACGGCUGCUGCGAAGGCUUCCCCUCGGCCCAAGAGUUGGCGGCGCACGACUGCCCCGCCCAGCACCUGCCCUCGUCGUCCUCCGCCGGGAGCUCGUCCACCGUCAGCAUGGAGAGGGGCUCGGUGGACCUGGACUCGGACGAGAGGCCCUACGCCUGCGACCUCUGCAAUUGCGCCUACAAACACGCCAGCUCUUUGCUCAACCACAAGCACACGCACAAGACGGGCAACUUCCGCUGCAACUUCUGCGACAAGCCCUACACCAACUACAUGGCGCUGCGCAACCACAUGCGCAUCCACACGCAGCGCAAGAAGCACAUCUGCCACACCUGCGGGAAGGCCUUCCGCCUCGCCCGCUUCCUCCGCAACCACCAGAAGGUUCACGAGGAGGGCGCCACGCCCUUCGGCUGCCCCACCUGCGGGAAGAGCUUCCAGGGGAGGUCGGGUCUGGCCAGACACCGCUGCGGGGACAACCAGGUAGGCAUGGAAGUCAGGAGGAAGCCGACCGCCGCCGCGGGAGAAGGCGAAGAAUGUCGGUACACGUGUGAACAAUGCGGACGCUCCUACCGCCACGCCAGCUCCCUCCUCAACCACAAGAACACCCACACGCUCGGCAUCUACCACUGCGCCGUGUGCCUCAAGACCUACUCCAACCUCCUGGCCCUCAAGAACCACCGCCGCAUCCACUCAGAGACGCGCCGCCACCGCUGCCACGACUGCGGCAAAGGGUUUCGUGUUUCCUCGCAGCUCUACAAUCAUCGGCGAGUGCAUCAGAAGCAGCGGGAGCAGACCUGCACCUCGUGCCGGCGCGCCUUCCCGACUCGGGCGAGCUUCCGACUCCACAUGGAGAUCAGCCACGACCAGCCGGCUCAGCCCCAGAGGCCACGCCCCCCCCGUCACCAGCCGGGUUGGGGCUCGGGCCUGGACCUGACUUUGAUGCAAGAGCAGGGACUGCACCCCGGCACCCGCCAGGCGCUGCCCAGGGCGCACGUGUGCGACCAGUGUGGGCGGUCCUACCGCCACGCCAGUUCCCUCGUCAACCACAAGAACAGUCACAAGACCGGAAGGUUCUUGUGCAACUCCUGUCACAAGGAGUUCCCCAACCUGAUGUCCCUGAAGAACCACCGCCGCAUCCACACCGAGCCCAAACGCUACCAGUGUCCCGAGUGCGGCAAGUCGUUCCGCGUGUCCACGCAGCUCAUCUGCCACCGCCGCAUGCACACCAAGGAGAAGCCCUUCAUGUGCACGCACUGCGACAAGCGCUUCUCGUCCAAGUCCAAUCUCAGGCACCACGUGAAGGUGCACUCGGCGCCCACCAGUUACCGGGGCCCGCCCCGCGGCCCCUUCAUUUAAGUAUGCAUUCUCCUGGAGCCGCCCCCACCGCAGUGACACGCCCACCUGACAAUACUGGAUGCGCCUCAUGAAGGGCGGAGCCGAUGCAAAGACGUUGGGUGUGUGGUUUAUCUUCACUGGUGGCCUUUGUCGCGCCUUUUCAUGUCGGGGGCGGAGCUUGUUUGCCCUUAUUUUGUGCAAGACAGGUGACUUACGGACCACGCCCCCCCCCCCCCCCAGCUCCCGCCUAACGUGCAGCUUCUCCGAUUGGACAGUGGUGGUCACAUGACAACCGCGCGUAUUGCUCUGAAAUGUCAUAGUCACUCGGCAUCUCUGAGCCGAGCUGAGGGCUCUUAGGACUGAAGCUCCGCCUCCUCGCCACUGACCUCAUUUAUUUAUAUGAUGAACAGGUGUAAUCGUGUGUAGUGGUCUUUAGCGCCGUCGCCAUAAUCCCUCCCCCCGAGUCUAAAAGGGACUUUGAUGUAGCUUGCUGUAUUUAUUCUUUCAGCGUUGGACGAGCAGCGGUGCUAGUUUAGAAAACAAAAGCGUCAUGUGAUGUAAGCUGCCACCUCUCACUUUGUUUGUUCGCCUAGUUUCAGUCAUGUGACACGUCAACACACUUUUAUAAUACAUUUUUUGAUAACGUAUAACCUUUACUGCUGAGCACUGACAAUAAAAACACCUUAGCGUUAGCAUGCUUGUCUGCGUACCUCGCCAGAGCAACCCCGGGUACGCCACGCCGAGCUACACGCCCAGCAGCAGGCUCCUCCCCCUCCUUCACGUACGACUUUUACGCUCGCUUGUUAGCGCUGGACUUCCUUUUACGCUGCUUUCACAUCAGGCAACCUUGUCUCUCCAUUCGUGUCAUGUAAACAUCCUUCCAUUCGCACGCAAUGUUAGGCCAUUCACACACACCAUGUAAACAUCUGUCUGGCCAUUCACACACACCAUGUAAACAUCUGUCUGUCCAUUCACACACACCAUGUAAACAUCUGUAUGGCCAUUCACACACACCAUGUAAACAUCUG